CGAGACUUGGCGUUCGUCUCCCGCGCUUUUCCAGCCAGCUCGUGAGAAGGCGGGCGAGGCGCGAGCGCAACCAUGGGUCACUUGGAGCUGCUGCUCGUGGAGAACUUCAAAUCUUGGCGGGGCCGCCAGGUCAUCGGGCCCUUCAAGAGGUUUACGUGCAUCAUCGGCCCCAACGGCUCCGGAAAAUCUAAUGUAAUGGAUGCACUUAGCUUUGUAAUGGGAGAGAAAAUAACUAAUUUGAGAGUGAAAAGUAUUCAAGAACUUAUUCAUGGUGCACAUGUUGGAAAACCUGUUUCUUCCUCUGCAAGUGUAAAAAUUGUAUAUGUGGAGGAAAGUGGAGAAGAGAAAACAUUUGCACGGAUUAUCCGAGGGGGAUGCUCAGAAUUCCAUUUUGGUGAUAACCUUGUGACUCGCUCUGCCUACAUAGCAGAGUUGGAAAAGAUAGGCGUAAUAGGCAAAGCACGAAAUUGUCUCGUUUUUCAGGGAACUGUAGAGUCGAUUUCCAUGAAAAAACCCAAAGAAAGAACCCAGUUUUUUGAGAAGAUCAGCUCUUCAGGAGAGCUUAUGGCAGAGUAUGAAGAAAAAAAAAGAAAAUUACAAAAGGCUGAGGAAGAUGCACAGUUUAAUUUUAACAAGAAAAAAAAUGCAGCUGCCGAGCGCAAGCAUGCAAAAUUAGAAAAAGAAGAGGCAGAGCAUUACCAAAGUCUCCUUGAAGAACUGAAACUGAACAAGAUACAACUGCAGCUUUUCCAGCUAUAUCAUAAUGAGAAAAAAAUUCAUUUCCUGAACAUGGAGUUAGAGCAUGUGAAUAGGGAUUUGAGUGUCGCAAAAGAGUCGCAGUCUCAUCGUGAAAACAUAGUUAAAGCCAAGAAAAAGGAACAUGGAAUGCUAACUAGACAACUACAACAAACAGAGAAAGAAUUGAAGUCUCUUGAAGUACUUUUAAAUCAGAAGAGGCCUCAGUACAUUAAAGCCAAAGAAAAUACUUCUCACUACCUCAAGAAAUUGGAUGUGUCUAAGAAAUCAAUAAAGGACUAUGAAAAGCAAUGCUCUAAGCAGGAAGAUGACAUAAGAGCCCUUCAGACAGAGCUGGUUGAUUUAGACAGUGCAUGGAAAAGUUUUGAAAAACAGAUUGAAGAAGAAAUCUCACUCAAAGGGCGAGGCAUUGAACUGGAAGCCAGUCAGCUGGAUCGCUAUAAAGAACUUAAGGAACAAGUAAGAAAGAAAGUAGCUAUCAUGACUCAACAGCUGGAGAAGCUGCAGUGGGAGCAAAAAGCAGAGAAAGAAAGGCUGGCGUUGGAGAAGAGGCGGAACGGAGAAGUUCAGGGAAAUCUAAAACAAAUAAAAGAACAAAUAGAAGACCACAAAAAACGGAUAGAGAAGUUGGAGGAAUAUACAAAAUCUUGCAUGGACUUCUUGGAUGAGAAAAGACAGCAAGAGGAAACACUGGUAGAUGAAAUUGGAAAAGCAAAAGCAAGAAUGUCUGAAGUUAAUGAAGAAUUGAAUCGUAUCAUGAGUGACUUGCAGAAUGCUGGAAUUGAUAGCCAUGAGGGAAAGCGUGAGCUCAAGAGAGCAGAAGUGCUGGAGAACCUUAAAAGACUGUACCCAGAUUCCGUGUUUGGAAGGCUGCUUGACCUGUGUCACCCUAUUCAUAAGAAGUACCAGCUGGCUGUGACUAAGCUUUUUGGUCGGUACAUGGUAGCCAUCGUGGUCACCUCUGAAAAGGUGGCCAAAGACUGCAUUCGAUUUCUGAAGGAGGAAAGGGCUGAACCCGAGACAUUCCUUGCUCUAGAUUACCUCGAUAUUAAGCCAAUCAAUGAAAGACUAAGGGAGAUUAAAGGCUGUAAAAUGAUGAUUGAUGUUGUAAAGACUCAGUUUCCUCAGCUGAAGAAAGUGAUUCAGUUUGUGUGUGGAAAUGGUCUUGUCUGUGAGACUGUGGAAGAAGCAAGACGUAUUGCAUUCGAUGGACCCGAAAGACGAAAAACAGUAGCUCUUGAUGGAACACUCUUUUUAAAAUCCGGGGUCAUCUCUGGAGGAUCAAGUGACUUAAAACACAAGGCUAGAUGUUGGGAUGAAAAAGAGUUAAAGAAUCUAAGGGACCGAAGAAACCAGCUGGCACAAGAGCUAAAGGAUUUGAUGAAGACACUCCGCAAGGAAACAGACUUGAAGCAAAUACAGACCCUAAUACAGGGAACUCAUACACGACUCAGAUAUUCACAGACUGAACUGGAGAUAAUUAAAAAGAAGCACCUUGCUGCUGCACACCAGGAGCAAUCGCAGCUACAAAGUGAGCUACUAAACAUUGAAUCUCAGUGUGCUAUGUUGAGUGAAGGAAUCAGAGAACAACAACAAAGAAUUGAAGAUUUUCAAGAAAAGAUAGAUAAGGUAGAAGAUGAAAUCUUCCGUGACUUUUGUGAAGAAAUUGGCCUGGAAAAUAUUCGUGAAUUUGAGAAUAAACAUGUUAAGCAGCAACAAGAAAUUGAUCAAAAAAGGUUAGAAUUUGAAAAACAGAAAACCCUCCUUAAUAUUCAGCUUGAAUACAGUCGCAAUCUGCUUAAGAAGAAAUUGAGCAAGAUCAGCACAUUAAAAGAAACUGUCCAGAAAGGUAGAGAAGACAUUGACAACCUGAAGAAGGUGGAAGAUGACUGUCUGAAAGUCGUGGAUGAACUCAUGGCAAAGCAGAAGCAACUUAGGGACAUAUUAAUCACUCAGAAUUCCAACGCUGAGAAAGUUCAAACUCAGAUUGAGGAAGAACGGAAGAAGUUUUUGGCUGUUGAUAGGGAAGUAGGAAAAUUGCAAAAGGAAGUUGUGGUAAUCCAGACUUCUCUGGAACAGAAACGCUUAGAGAAGCAUAACAUGUUGCUGGAUUGCAAAGUUCAAAACAUUGAAAUAACUCUUCUGUUGGGGUCACUAGAUGACAUCAUUGAAGUGGAGCUGGGAACUGAAGCAGAAAGUACACAGGCAACAGCCAGUAUCUAUGAAAAAGAAGCAGCUGUGGAAGUGGACUACAGCCCUCUACGGGAGGAUUUGAAGGCUCUGCAGUCAGAUAAGGAGGUGGAGGCCCACCUUGCACUCCUGGUGGAGCAGGUGGCAUCCCAGGAAGACAACUUGCUAAAGACAGCAGCCCCAAACCUGCGAGCCCUCGAGAACUUGAAGACGGUCAGGGACAAGUUCCAGGAGUCCACAGACGCUUUUGAGGCCAGCAGAAAGGAAGCCAGGAUGUGCAGGCAAGAGUUUGAACAGGUGAAAAAAAGGAGAUACGAUCUUUUCAGCCAGUGUUUUGAGCACGUCUCAGUCUCAAUUGAUCACAUCUACAAGAAGCUCUGCCGAAACAGCAGUGCCCAAGCAUUUCUUAGCCCAGAGAACCCUGAAGAGCCUUACUUGGAGGGAAUCAGCUAUAACUGUGUGGCCCCGGGCAAGCGGUUCAUGCCCAUGGACAACCUGUCCGGGGGAGAGAAGUGCGUGGCAGCCCUGGCCCUUCUGUUCGCCGUACACAGUUUCCGGCCUGCUCCAUUCUUUGUUCUAGAUGAAGUGGAUGCAGCCCUGGACAAUACUAACAUUGGCAAAGUCUCCAGUUACAUCAGAGAGCAGACUCAAGAACAGUUACAGAUGAUAAUCAUCUCCCUGAAAGAAGAGCUCUAUUCCAGAGCCGAUGCCCUGAUUGGCGUCUACCCAGAGCAUGACAGAGGCAUGUGCAGCCGAGUGCUGACCCUAGACCUGCGUCCCUACCCGGACACCGAAGGCAGACAGGGCGGCAGAGGACACCGAGGGUCCCAGUCCCGAUAGGACCGGUGCUGUGAGCAGCCCCAGGCACGGCAGCCGUCACCUGUCCUCCUCCAGUUCCAAGUUGCAGACCUCUGGAGCCAGCAGGCCUUGCGGCCACUGCCGGGUCAGCCGGUCGGGCCACUCUGGGGCUUUGUUUCCUAGGACAGUCAGCGUUGGUUUGUCUUAAGGGGCACUGUGUAGCACGGUCUUCUCUUUUGAAAUAAGCUUGUCAUUAAAAUGCUCAGGUGUGCCUCCUCUUCA